AUGGACGCGAUCAGCAGCCUGAUGCUGCAGGAGGGGUGGAGGAAGGGCCCGUGGACGGCGCUGGAGGACAGGCUGCUCACCGAGUACGUGCAGCAGCACGGCGAGGGCAGCUGGAACUCUGUCGCCAAGCUCACAGGGCUGCGCCGGAGCGGGAAGAGCUGCCGGCUGCGGUGGGUGAACUACCUCCGGCCGGACCUCAAGCGGGGGAAGAUCACCCCCGACGAGGAGACCGUCAUCCUCCAGCUGCACGCCAUGCUCGGCAACAGGCACCUGCUGCACCAGUACCAGCUGCAGCAGCAGGAGCAGCGCCGCCAGUACCUCCAGAGCCUGCAGCUCCUGCAGCAGCAGCAACAGCAACAGCACCAACAGCAGCAGCUGCUGCUCCAGCAGCAGAGCCAGCAGCAGCUGGUGGUGAAACAACAGCAGCUGGAGCAGCAGAGCCCGCCGGAGCCUGAUCGCCAGGCCAUGAUGGCGAUGAUGGACAGCCUGCAGAGCACGGGGGAGUGCUACUGCAGCCCAGUGUCGCCGGUGCUGGUGCCGGAGCAGUGCUGCGCGCUCCCGGCCGACGACGAUGAGAUGCUGUGGGAUAGCCUGUGGAGGCUGGUGGACGGGGAUGGAUGCGGCGACGGCGACGGCGACGGCGACGGCUCCAGCGGAGGCGGCUACUAG